AUGCCGAGACCGUCCACCGCCGUCUCCGCGCCGGGCAAGGUCCUCCUCGCCGGCGGCUACCUCGUGCUCGACCGCCAAUACACCGGGCUCGUCUUCGGCCUGAGCGCCCGCAUCAACGUCGUCGCCCAGGAGAUCGAGACCAGCCAGGGCGUCCAGCUGACCGAGAUCGUCGUCGACAGCCCCCAGUUCCUCGACGCCCAGUGGCGGUACGGCUACCGCCUCGCCCCCGACGAUGGCGGCAUUCACCUCACCCAGUUGCAAGUCGGCUCCGACAUUAGCCCGAACCCCUUCGUCGAGACGACGCUGGCCUACGCCCUGACGUACAUCACCGCCACGACGCCGCACGCCGCGUCGCGCACCCUCGCGCCCGUGCGGCUCACCAUCCUCGCCGACAACGACUACUACUCGCAGCCGCACGACGCCGCCCCCGCCGCGGGCCGCUUCGCCAAGUUCCCGACGCGGCUCCGCGACGCGCACAAGACGGGCCUCGGCUCGUCGGCCGCGCUCGUCACCGCGCUCGCCGCCGCCCUGCUGGCGCACUAUCUGCCGCCGGGCACCUUCGACCUCGGCGCGGCCGCGGGGCGCCGCGCGCUGCACAACCUCGCGCAGGCCGCGCACUGCGCCGCCCAGGGCAAGGUCGGCUCCGGCUUCGACGUCGCCGCCGCCGUCUACGGCAGCUGCCGGUACCGCCGCUUCUCGCCGGCCGUGCUCGCCGGCGUGCCCGAGCCCGGCCGCCCGGGCUUCGCCGCCGCGCUCGCCGCGCUCGUCCGGUCCGACGCCUGGGACGCCGAGGUCGACCGCGGGGACGACGCCGCCGCCGGCCGCGGCCCCGUGCGCCUCCCCCCCGGCGUCGCCCUCCGCAUGUGCGACGUCGACUGCGGCAGCCAGACCGUCGGCAUGGUCAAGCAGGUGCUCGCGUGGCGCGCGGCCGACCCGGCGGCGUCGCGCGCGCUGUGGGACGAGCUGCAGGCGCGCAACGAGGAGCUCGCGGCGGCGCUGGGCGGCGCAGCGGGGGACGCGGCCGUCGCGGCGGCGCUGGCCCGCGCCCGCGGCCUCGUGCGCGCCAUGGGCGCCGCCAGCGGCGUGCCCAUCGAGCCGCCCAGCCAGACCGCGCUGCUCGACGCGCUCGCCGCCGGCGUCCCCGGCGUGCUCGGCGGCGUCGUCCCCGGCGCCGGCGGCUUCGACGCCCUGGCGCUCCUCGUGCGCGACGACGGCGCGGUCGAGGCCCGCCUGCGCAACUUCCUCGCCGCCUGGGGCGCCGAGCACGACGCCCGCGUCCGCCUGCUCGAGGUGCGGGGCGAGACCGAGGGCGCGCGGCGCGAGGACCCGGCCGCGUACGAGGGCUGGGUCUAGUGAGGGAGGGAAGGGGGAGAGGGGGCGAGUUAGAUAACCGAGGAUGAUAUGCACGCAUGUGUAGACGGUAGACCGAGGGAGGAGGAAACGCGUAGACUAGACAGAUUUCCUUAUCGUGCC